CGCCAACAUGCCCAGCAUCCCGCUUCAUCCGCCGUCCAAAACGGCCUCUCCCAGCACCGAAAAUGGCCUCCCCAAGCUUCUACACACGCCCUCUGGGCUCGCCAUUCUCGAAAUCCAAGGCACCAUCCACACGCAGCCCGGCUCGACGGCCGAGCAGCCCGAGCAGCUUCCCCUCGGCAAGCUCAUAUUCCCACACUACUCACCCGAGGACCCGCCCGAAAACACUGCCUGGAUGAAGCGCGCACAUCUCUACAUUGGCAAGCACCAGCGGUUGACGGGCGAGGUCAAAAAGCUGCCCAAGCCGCUAGGCGUCAUAAGGCGGCGGGAAGGCAUGCUGGACGAAGCCCCGGAAGAGCUGGAAAUUGUGGAUAUCAUCAAGUAUAAGAUUGUGUUCUCGCAUAGGCCGGAGCCGGUGAGCUGAGUGGAAGAGGCGCUCCAGUCUUGGCUCUCUGAAGUUUCUGCGAAGGCAAGUGUUGUCUCGCACGAAAAAACUCAGGUGUGCGUAUUCCCUUCGGAACCGGAGCACACCUGGUCCGACGGCGCGUAGAUUGCACCAUGGAACCGACACCAACGCUUUCAACGUUUGGUUGCGCUUGAAACCAUGCUGGUCUUGAAGUCGGAUCGGAACACCGUCAUCGUCAUGUAUCUUGGCCAAAGAAGUCAUCCCUUCGCAUAUGGUCAUUACAGCGGUAAUGAACAGGGCUUUUUUGUCCUUUUUCCCCGGUAUCUCCGUCGACGACUUCAAAACCUCCCGCGUUUAAAAGAUUGAACAAUGGUAGAAUCGAAAUAAGAUAUCCGACCAUUGACGAAGAUGGUUGCCUGGUAUGCGGAGAUUAGUGACCAACCUACACACAUACCAAGCAACAAAGAUUUCUGGACUUUUUGCAUGAGACAGGCC